GGAUGGUAAUUUAUUUUAACAGUGAAUAUCACUACCCAACGAAAAGUGAUAUAACAUGGCUACCUACUGACAGGCAGACCAUUAUUCUGGUGAAGUGAAACAUUCCAGUGAAAAAAGAAAUAGUUACAAGAAUGGGCAAUAAGAAGUCAAGUCCCAAAACGGAACAAAGUGGUGAUAGUGAUGUGAACAUUAUAAACACACAAGAUUUUCACACGGAGUUGCAUCUCGACCACGAGCUUAAGUUGUGGGUGAUAAUUUUUUUAAUUUCACUGCAGCUCGCAGUCACUGUGUACAAAGUAAUUGCAAAACGAGAGCGGAAAAAGGCAGCAAGAAUGAUGGCCAGAUCCAUUGCUCACCUGAACGAAGUCGUAACGCAAAAAAAAUAGAGUGAACCAAAAGUGACAAUAAUCUUUGCAAUAAGAGAGUGACAUUUAUAAAUAAAGAAGAGAGAAAAAACGGCGACAAUAAACAAUUUAGAUCAACAUACAAAAUAUGAGUGCAAGUUGAGUGCGAGUCGUGAUGAAAGCAGAUACGUUUGAUUUCCUGAUGAACCAACGACCCCAGUGAACGAGUUGUGCAACCCAGAAGGAAUAGCAGAAACCUUGAAGCCCUUGAAGUGACCUGAGUUCAACUAUGAAUGCAGCAACACAUAAUCAACAAACAAAAUUUGAGUGCAAGUUGAGUGCGAGUCGUGAUGAAAGCAGAUGCGUUUGAUUUCCUGAUGAACCAGCAACCCCAGUGAACGAGUUGUGCAACCCAGAAGGCAUAGUAGAAACCUUGAAGCCCUUGAAGUGACCUGAUUUAACCAUGAAUGCAGCAACACCUAAAUGGAUAUUGAGAAACUUUCACACCAGGAAACCUCGUUUGCCAGACCAACCCAUGAUCCCGCUUUGGAUCCAGUCAGAACGACCGAGAGGCCAACAUCAGUGCAUCCUGCUUUGCCUGCCGGUGAUAAAUUGGGUGCGGAUCGCCAUUACGUUUUCAAUCGCGCUGUCGUCGGUCGGUCGCGUUUUGGUGAAGCAAAAGCAAACCCCGGAUCCAUCGAGCAGCAAAACGUGUGUUUGGAUAAAUGCGACGAAAAAUCGGAAUUUACGGUCCGCGCCCAACCCAAAACCGAUCGAAAGUGGCAUCAAACGGGAGCGGGACAUUUACGGUGCACGAUAUUUUUAAUUCAGUGAAAUGCAAGAGAGGGGCGGAAAACUGAUCAGUAGUGAAAGGAAAAAGGGUAAAAUUUCCCAGUUGUCAGGAUAGAGCGUAUUAUUAGCAAGUGAGCUCAAAUCCAAA